CAUGGGCGGAGUUUAGUUGAAGAUCGAAUUCGGAUUCGGUUGGCGGGCGCGGCCAUCUUGGUGAAUUAGUGACCUGGCGAUUCGGUUUUAGUUAGUGAAAAAUCAUUUGUCAUCUAAGAUGUCGGAAAGGGAAGAUAAUGUGUAUAAAGCAAAGCUCGCUGAACAGGCUGAGCGCUAUGAUGAAAUGGUGGAGGCGAUGAAGAACGUCGCCUCUCGCAACGUCUCUGACAACGAGCUGACGGUGGAGGAGCGGAAUCUCCUCUCCGUGGCUUACAAGAACGUGAUAGGAGCGCGUCGGGCCUCUUGGCGGAUUAUAUCCUCAAUCGAACAAAAGGAAGAAACAAAGGGUGCCGAGGACAAAUUAAACAUGAUCCGAGCGUACCGCAGCCAGGUGGAGAAGGAGUUGCGGGACAUCUGCUCAGACAUCCUCAGCGUGCUCGACAAACACCUCAUACCCAGCUCGCAGACCGGCGAGUCUAAGGUCUUCUAUUACAAAAUGAAGGGCGACUACCACCGAUACCUCGCCGAGUUCGCGACGGGCAACGACCGCAAGGAGGCUGCGGAGAACUCGCUCGUGGCGUACAAGGCGGCCUCCGACAUCGCGAUGACAGAGCUGCCACCGACACACCCCAUACGCCUCGGGCUGGCGCUCAACUUCUCAGUAUUCUACUACGAAAUCCUGAACAGCCCGGACCGCGCGUGCCGCCUGGCGAAGGCGGCGUUCGACGACGCGAUCGCGGAGCUGGACACGCUGUCGGAGGAGAGCUACAAGGACUCCACGCUCAUCAUGCAGCUGCUGCGGGACAACCUCACGCUGUGGACCUCCGACAUGCAGGGCGACGGCGAGGCGGGUGAAGCCGAACAGAAAGAGCAAGCGCAGGACGUGGAGGAUCAGGACGUGUCGUAAUACUUUUUAACAUUCUAUUUAAAUAUAAAAAAAAUAACUAUAGUAUCAUAUAAGAGCCAGCCCUUAUUGACAACCGGAGGCGCCUCCCGCGCCCUCAGCAAAUUGUCAGUUCCCGGUCACAUCGCGACACUUUACCUAUCGUGUCAAAUUAUCUAUGACUCGUAUACAUUUUAAAUAUGUACCUAAACCUUCUUUUGAUAUAUUUGUUUUCAACUACGCAAAAAAAAAAGAAAUAAUGUUUAAGAAAAAUACUUUGGUAUUGCAUUUUAACUGUAUGUUCUUGAGGGAUGUAUUUUCUUAACGUUUCACCGAUGAUCUCGUGAAGUAUCGCUUGUUCUCGCGCUCUGCUGUCACUCGAUGCUACUCUUCUAAGAUGGGAAUUGUAAAUUUUCUAAGUAUUUUAUACCGUGUGUAAAAUUAAUGUAUUUAACUCUGUUGAGACUUCGAGCACCAUAGUGGAAAAUGUUUAAUGAAAUGGUAAAAAUAUUUAAUUUGGAUGUACACUAGGUAUGUAACGUUUUAUUGUGGAUGCCCUAGUUUGUUGGUCCGGCGCGGGCCGCGGAUCUGACUGCGGUCGCGGUCUCGUCUCGGAUCAGGUCUAUGAGGUUGUGGCCUUCAGACCGGAUCCGAUAUGUGACCAUGUGGCCCUCAGACCGGAUCCGGUCUGUGAGCUCGUGGCCUCAGACCGGACCCGGUCUGAGCCCGUGCCGCCGCCAGCGUCCGGUCCGCGGCCCGCGCCCGCUGCGCACAAAGUCGCCGGGCCCGGCUCGGCGAGUCUUCCGCGCCUCGCUGCAUUUGUAUACAUUCGAUCAUUGAUUGAUAUAUUUUAACGAUAACAUUACUUAUUAGGGUGGUAUAAUGUAGUUACUUGCAAUAUUUAGCUAAGUGAUAGUGGCGUCACCCUGUUGGUCUUUAUGUAUCUAUCGUAUUGCGCGUACAUCUUGUAUUUAUUGCGGAAAUUUUGUGUAAAUUGUGACUACUGUGUAGUAACGUUUUGAACAAAUGAUUUGCUUCGUCGGAGGCCCGCUUGUUCGUAUUACAAAGUUUGAAGUAUUCACAUCUGAAUUGCUUUAAUUACUUACGAGUAUUGUGAUAGAGAUUUUGUAUAUUUUAAUUUAUUUGUUUUUUUUUUAAUUUCGCAUAUUUCGGAAAAUUGCCGUAGCGCUACUUCUUACGAUUUUUACAGGACAAACGGUAGAUCUAAAGUUGUGCUAGGUUUAAGGUAAGCACUUGGUUGUCCGUGGAGGGUAGCCCACUAGACAUUCCACCUCCCGCGUCGGACCUCGGCGUAUUGCGGCACCGCGUUGUGGAUCAAGUGCGUGCCCAGUAAGAUAUUAGCGUUAUUUAAUUUGAAUUUGUAAUAUUGCAUAUAUUUUGUUAAUUUAUCCACAAAAAAUACUGAUGCAAUUAGCCUUAGUGUUAUGCAAUAUUGAUUUAUGUCCUACCAACUACAUGGAAAUUUAUUGUAAAUGACAGUGUAAAUCUAAUAAUAAACAUUCAAAAAGUCCA